AAAAAUGGUGCAUUAUAUAACUCGUUCAGCAUUCUCGACUGGAGUACGUGUACUUAGUGUUUUAGAAAAGGCAAAAUUAGUUUGUUGGUUUGAAGAGACAAAUUCUUUUGCACAAGUGGCGAGAAGAUAUCGAGCAGAAUUUGGAAUGGAACCCCCACAUAUGGAUUUAGUUAAAAAAUUACAUCAACGUUUUCUAAAUACUGGAUCUGUUUCUAAUGGAAAUAGUGAACAUUUUGAAGUUAAUAAUCCAACAAUGGAAACAUCGACAUCUUCAACAGAUGAUGUAGCCGAUCCGUUUGGAAUUGAAACAGAAGAACAACAACAACAAAUAGUUGUUGGGGGAAUGCAGGAAAAUAUAGAUACAUCACCUAGAGCAGUGACUUUUUAA